AUGAUUACUUCUGAAUCUUCGAACAACAUGCAGCUACAACUGCAAGAUGGUACUACUAGUAGUGUUAAUGUGAUGAGCAACCUCGCACAUGUCAUGGCAGCCUCCAUCGUCGGAUUAAUCGGUGAUAAUUCAGUGAUGGUUGACCAGCAGAAGAUUGUUCCUUACUUAAAUCAAACGGAGUCAGGCCGUGUUGCCAAGCUUGAGAUUUUCUUUCACUAUGUUGCUAGGCAAAUGGGAUUUGUAGAUGCCGGCGAGGUUCCAGAGUUGUGCAGAUUGGCACAGGACUACUUGAGAAACACAGAAGGGUGUAAAGAAAAUAUAUAUCAAUAUCUAGCCAAUGGGGACAAUGCUAAUGCACUAUAUGCAAAAUUGAUUGAAGAAUUUGAAAGAUGCAUCCUCAGUUAUUUUGCUUUUCAUUGGAACCGAGCUUCAUUUAUCAUUACCCAGGUAUUAAGUUCUCAGUCCCAACCCAAAAUAAAUCUCAAAAAUAUUCUUUUGGAAGCCACAAGGGAACAUAGGUUUGAGAGAAUAACAAAGAAACUAAAGGUGGCAAGAGUGUUCUCUACAUUAGUUGAAGAGAUUAAAGCAAUAAAGGGCGACUCGCAAAGUUGUGAUGACAAGGUCUCCAUUGUCCAGAACAUUCUUAGAGAAUCAUUAUGGUUAGAAGUUGCAUCCAAUGUUGUGGUUGUUGAAGCAGAUGCUUUUAAGGAGAGUGAUGUCAUUUAUAGAGCUCUUAACUCUAAGGGCCACCAUGAUGAAAUGCUUCAAAGUGCUGAACUAGUGCAUCAGACUUCGAUUGAUGCUGCAUCAUCUCUACUAGUGACAACUUUAAAUAAAGGGCGAGAUGUGAUCAUGGAUAGUACCUUAGCAUGGGAACCUUUCCUAGAGAAAACUAUUGCUAUGGCAAGAAAUGUUCACAAAAAGCGAUGUCUAAGGUAA